AUGCUCAAAGAGAGCGAUAUCGCAUCUCAAUCCUGGACGAUACGGUUAAUUCACGACGCGAGUCUGUUCAGCGAGGACGCAUCUUUCGAAAGUACGGACGGGCCAAUAUCCUUCGACACGUCGCAUUCUUACGUCGGUACCAUUUUAGAGGACGAGAGCGCCAUGGUGCAGGGCGUCGUUACGAAAGAUGGUCUAUUCGACGGUAGCGUCGUGACCAGAUUCGAAGAGUAUUACAUCGAGCCGACGAGCAGGUAUUUGAAUAAAAAUGAAGACACGUCGCCGCCCUAUCACAGCAUAGCUUAUCGUACUUCCGAUGUUACCAUCCCGCCGCAUACAUCGUGUGCCAGUCAUCAGUUGCAUCGAGAGGGAACUCUUCGUGAUUCCUUCGAUAGGUACAACAACUCUCAGGCAUUCUACGAGCCCUUACUCGGCGAACACGUUGCUCUGUACUCGAGGGAAAACAACGCGAAAGUAACAUUGGAAACGAAUAACGAAGAUUACAUAGAUGCUGCGAGGAACAGAGAUCGGAUCGCGAGGCAUCUGCACAAGCGCGCGAUAAAUCCUCGGAAAACUACCUGCAUGCUCUACUUGCAAGCGGACCAUCAGUUUUUCGCGCGAUACGGCACGGAGGAAGCCUGUAUUGAGGUGAUGACGAGGCACGUGCAAAGAGUCAACUCCAUCUACAAACAUACGGACUUCGAUCAAGACGGACAGCCGGAUAACAUCAGCUUCAUGAUAAAACGUGUCAAAGUGCACAGCGAGGACGCGCUGAAAGAUGCUAAUUAUCGUUUCCCGGGCAAUUACGGUGUGGAGAAAUAUUUAGAGCUCUUCUCAGAAGAGGAUUAUGACGCGUUCUGCCUGGCUUACAUGUUCACGUAUCGGGACUUUGAAAUGGGAACCCUGGGAUUGGCGUGGACGGGCGAUCUGAAGAAUGCUGGCGGUGUAUGUGAAAAGAACGGGCAUUACCGCGGCAGCAUGAAGUCACUCAACACCGGCAUAGUGACCCUAUUAAAUUACGGGAAGCACGUACCGCCUGCGGUCUCUCACGUUACUUUGGCUCACGAGAUCGGCCACAACUUCGGCUCGCCGCACGAUCCGGAACAAUGUACACCGGGCGGCGAGGAUGGCAACUUUAUAAUGUUCGCCCGUGCUACCAGCGGUGACAAGCGUAACAACAAUCGCUUCAGCCCGUGCAGCCUGAACGCCAUAAAUCCCGUGCUCAACAGCAAGGCACGCUCGCUGAAGGGAUGCUUUACCGAACCGCAAAUAUCGCUGUGUGGUAACGGCGUGGUGGAGGAAGGCGAGGAGUGCGACUGCGGCUGGGAAGAGGAUUGUCGGGACUCGUGUUGCCAUCCGCAACGCCGUUAUCCAUCGGCCAACCAGACUCCGUGCACGCUCCAACCAGGCUCCGUAUGCAGUCCUAGUCAAGGUCCGUGCUGUACCGUCGAGUGUAAUCUCCGUUUCGGAGACAAGUGCAGGGACGACAAUGGCUGCCGCGAUGCGAGUUUCUGCGACGGUCGUUCUCCGUAUUGUCCACCGUCCAUUAACAAGCCCAAUAAAACCAUUUGCAAUCGUGAAUUGGUUUGCUUUAUGGGGGAAUGCACUGGCAGCAUAUGCUUGGCGUACGGAUUGGAAUCUUGCCAAUGCAUACCAGGUCCGAACGAUCCGCCGACGAAGGCUUGCGAGCUCUGUUGUCGAGUUCCUGGCGAAAAUCAAUGCUUAUCUUCUUUCGUCUUGAACUCCCCGCCGUAUGAUAUUCCCAACAUGCACUCAAAACCGGGAACUCCGUGUAACGAUUACAACGGCUACUGUGAUGUCUUUCAAAAAUGUCGCGAGGUCGAUCCAAGUGGCCCAUUAGCAACUUUAAGGAAACUUUUGUUAUCCGAUGAGAGCCUCGCCACUUUCAGACGGUGGGUCGCCGAACAUUGGUAUGCCGCCGCUCUGAUCAUUUUAGCAGCGAUAUCAUUAUUGGUGGCCAGCAUGAGAUUACUGGGCAAGCGACCAGACUUGAAGUUGAAGUCUGUCACGAUAAUCCACAGUUCUACAACGGAAACGGUGCGACUUCCGCCGGAGGGUGCGGAAGGAGUGACGGUGCAUCCGCCAGCAGUGCGCGCCAAGCUUCCUCUUAGUCGAAAGGUCAGAGAAAAAAGGCGUCAUCGUAAACAUAAAGAAGGUGGCCACACUGACAAGUUCAAUAAAGAUGUCAUAACGAAGAAGAAACAACAAAUUCAACAAACGAAAAGAUUAUCUACCGGCCAGGUGGAUGAUUUCGCGCGAAAAAGGCCGACCGAAGCUCCGACUGCUGCGGUGCAGGAGAAUAAACGGAAGAAGACUUCGUCGGCGAAAGAUAAGGGACAAGUCGCCGGUAAUAAUUUGGCCGGGGGCAGUGGCAGCGGCGAUAACGAUAAGAGGAAGCGCAAGAAGCAGCACAGGAAGGAGGUGAUAGAUUAUUCAGCGAUCCAGGCAGAAAAGGAACCAGAGCCAAAUGCAGAUCCUAAAAGCAAGGUGCGUUCGUGGUUAUUAGCGUCGUCGCAGUGCCGACCGGACAUCGGGGCGCGGACUAACGUGAGCGGUUUGCCAAAGAGCAAGUCAACCCCGGUGGGUUUAACAGCCAGUGGAAGUGGUGCGGUGGCGUCCAGGCAGCCGGUGACGCCGGUGUCGAGGCAACAAGCUUCGAUAUCCGCGCGACGUUCCGGUGCUCUGGAAGCUGGAAGGGUGGUGGAAUUGAAGAACUCGUCGAGUUCCCUCGCCAGGAAGGAACGGGCGAGACUCCAAGUGGUGUACAAGCCUCCGUUCCGAUUUAGCGUGAAGCUACGCAAAUCCGACAAGGUGGCGCAGGCACCAGCAGGCGCGACUGCGAGUCACGCUAACGCGAGUGGUAGAACGGCGAAACUGCCGAGAACCGGAGUACUUCUGCGAACGGCAGCCAAGAGGAAGGAUCGAGUUAGAAUAGGCAGGGCACGACAGAUCGCGCCUACCGGCAUUGGGAACAGCGGAAGUGAUCUGCCGGAACCAGCCAAUUCCGAUUUGCACACCGUACCCUCCGAUUUGGAAGUACUGUUAUCAGAGAGCGAGUUUCUCUUCUCGGACACGUGACCACGGAUUUCGAUGGGUACAAUUCGCGUGUUUGAAUCUCUUUCGAGUCGCUAUGCGACUAGUAAGUAGUUCUUAGCUAUUUAUUCUAGCCCAAGAAUGAGAAAUUACCUUAUUAGGAUUAUAUGCGCGCGGGAUAAUAAAUGAUGCGUUGAAUCGCACUAGCGCGUGCUUGAAAGAAUCCCGUCCGAGAACGUGGAAGGGAAGAGUAGUCUAAUUGAUUUAUUUCCGAAUUUAUCGAACGAUGUUUUGCUUUAUGUUUCAAUACUAUUUGCCGAUUGUCUGAUGUAUAAACCAAGAAGAUAUGUAUCGAUUCUUAUCGUUCUUCCUUUCCUCAUCUCUAGAAUAAUAGCGUGACGGACUGGUUAUAUACGUUUGUGAUUGCUCGUGCUGUGAUCGGUGAAAAUGUUUUUCACGUGCGAUUAGAGGUCCGUUCUUUUCAGCUGAACUGGCUACAAUAGUUCGAUUUAGCUUUUUAACUCUACAUUGGAAAGAAAAAGAUAAUUUCUGAAAUGGUGCAGCCAGUUCAGCUGAAAAGAAGACCUUGGAACGAACGAAAUUUCCACUUGGACGAUGACAAACGUUGCACCAGCAUUAGUUUUCGACGAUCGAGCCAGUUUUCUUCUUCCAAAGAAAGGGGCCAAAUCAACUGUUUAAGAGCGACUGGCAAAUAAAUGCUGCAAGUAUUGUAUACAUUGCUGAUCACACUCGCCUAAUACUUAACGAAACUGUGAAAGCAGAUUAUGUCUUACAAUUCGUUUUCGUCGAUGAUAGCUUUUCGAGAAUCAGUGUGCAACUGAUAUAUCGUACUCAAAAUGCAAAACGUACUGAAAGCAAUGCUUUAUCUUUAUACUGUGCCUGUGCUAUUACUCUCUGUACCCUAUUUUUCGACGCUUAAGGAAAAUCGCGCCUGGCGAAGGUAAAUCAUUUAUAUCGAUAUAUCAAUCACGAUCGAGAGGAUGACAAAAGGAAAAAUGCGUUAAAGCAUAGAUAGCUUUGAUUAAUUGAUUUUUAUCAGUCGCUCCUUUCAAGAUUAUAGCCAUAAUUAUAAAGUGUAGCUAUAAUCUUUACAUCUCUCAGUCCUUACUAUGAUACGGCUAUAAAAAAUACUCUAUAUUUUAGCUCUAGCUGUAACAUAACUUACAUACUUUAUAUUAUAGCCCUAGCUAUAUAAUAUAGCUAAAAUUACAUUACAAAGUGCAUUGUACAUUGCAAAUUAUAGCUUUAGCUAUAAUAUAAUUUAUAUAUAUAUAUAUAUAUAUAUAUAUAUAUAUUUUACAUUAUAGCCAUUUCACUAUAAUGUGACGUAUCAUACACAUAUUAGCUACAGUUAUAUAUGUAUAUUAUAGUUAGGGCUAUUAUAUUGACGCAGAGGAACAAACCUUAGUUUAUCACGAUUAGAGAGUUGAUAUGACAUUGAAGUAGGUUGACGUCCAUUUAAAACGUCAGAUGGGCUUGAACAGAUUGUCGGGAGGUCCUCUCGUUUCUUCGUCGCCCGAUCUGCCUGUAAGGCGUUAAAGUAGUAUUAUCAUUCACUCGAGAGGUUCCUAUCGUUGACAAUUCCUAAUCUGCUACAUCUCGAAGCAUCCCUCUUUGGGGAUCUAGUUUGUGUCUUCAGCGCAUCCGCGAGCAAAAUCGAGCCAACGGCGGACCGCUUAUA